AUGUCCAAGUCUCUGAAAAAGUUGGUGGAGGAGAGCUGGGAGAAGAACCAGCCAAAAGUGGACAUGAGUGACCAGGGCAUCUCCAACAUGCUGGAUGUCAACGGCUUGUUCUCUUUAGCCCACAUCACACAGCUGGUCCUCAGCCACAACAAGCUAACAAUGGUCCCACCAAACAUAGCAGAACUGAAAAAUUUGGAAGUGCUCAACUUUUUUAAUAACCAGAUUGAGGAGCUGCCCACACAGAUCAGCAGCCUUCAAAAGCUCAAACACCUGAACUUGGGCAUGAAUAGACUAAACACUUUGCCUCGAGGAUUUGGCUCCCACCCAGCUCUUGAGGUCCUUGAUUUGACUUACAACAACUUGAAUGAAAAUUCUCUUCCCGGAAACUUCUUCUACCUUACCACCCUGCGUGCACUCUAUCUAAGUGACAAUGAUUUUGAAAUCCUGCCACCAGAUAUUGGGAAGCUCACAAAGUUGCAGAUACUCAGCCUUGGGGAUAACGACCUGAUCUCGCUGCCUAAAGAAAUCGGGGAGCUUACUCAGGUUAAGGAGCUCCACAUUCAGGGGAAUCGCCUGACCGUUCUGCCCCCAGAACUAGGAAACUUGGAUUUAACUGGUCAGAAACAAGUGUUCAAAGCAGAGAACAAUCCCUGGGUUACCCCAAUCGCUGACCAAUUCCAGCUUGGCGUGUCCCAUGUUUUUGAAUAUAUCCAUUCUGAGACGUACAAAUACCUCUACGGCAGACACAUGCAAGCAAACCCAGAACCACCGAAGAAAAAUAAUGACAAAUCGAAAAAGAUCAGCCGGAAACCCCUGACAGCCAAGAACAAAUAAAGGGUUGGCAUGGGCUGAACUUCUGGUUGCUUCCCUCAUGAUGACUUCUGUUCUCUGUUACUGUAUCCCACAAAUAAAUACAUGUGUAUGUGUUCUUUAUUUCUCUUUCUAGAGCUUAUCACUUUACCUUUUAAAUGUUUUUGGUAGGUGGUAGAUUUUUAUAAAUUCUUAAAACCAUGUCCAUUUGUUUGCUUAAAAAUGCCAAAGGCAGGAAACAAAGCUCUAAUUCAACUGCAAAUUCUAUAGUAGGCACAGAGUUCAGUCCCUUGAAUAGAUGUUCACAAAGCUGCAUGUUAUCAAAAGAAUAAUUAAAACC